AAAUUACCACAUGAUUUGAGGGCUCUUUUGCCAUUUUCUCAAGGCUUGUACCACUAUCGCUAGCUAGACUGAGGCAGUGAUGCGAGGUCGAGCGAUCCAACGCGGUAGGGGCCGCAGUCGAGGCCGAGGCCGAAGUUGGCCUGUGAAUUCUCACUCGCUCAGUGAAGUUCACCCAACAGUUCAUAUUGAUAAGGAGAUUAAGGAAUAUGUUACCAGCUCAGAUCACUCUGGUACACCUGGAACUUGGACAGCUAACCCUGAACUACCCUCUUCCGAGGAGAUUCUGGGCCUUGACGAUGAAGAAGUGAUCUCACUUGGUGUCAACCAGAUUUAUGGCCCUUGGCCAUCAAAGGAUACUUAUCUCAAGACUCACUACGAGCUACUUCGUGAGGAUGCAAUUGCGCCGUUAAGAGAUGCAGUUGCAUAUUUUCGUCAUGAUCCAAAGAUGUCUGACUCAUCUCAAUGCUGUAUUUACGAAAAGGUAACUACUUUUCCAAGGAUUGAUAGGCAGACCGAUUUUAACGCAGCGUCUAGGUUCAUAUCGUUGGGGUAACAUUUGCACAAGCUGGGAUUGCUGCCAGGAUCCAAUUUUCGACUUUCAGAGCGGGAAAGAAAAUUGUAUGGGAAUACUCAAAGCGUCUAAUGACAGGAAAUAUUGUUGCAUUGUCUCCAGCAAGUGAUUCCUUUCAGAAAAAGUGCAUUGUAGCCACCGUUGCUGCAA